AUGACAGAAGCUGAAGCUAUGGAGCCAGCCAUAGCAACAAGGAACUGUGCUCCCAAUGACACUGCAGAGACUCCUGCAAUAAGAACAUCUGAAAAAAGUCUAUGUCUGGAAUGUGACUAUAGACUGCAAGUUCCUAAGAGUAAGACAAUGGAGGCAGUAAAACUAGCUAUAGAUGCCGGGUUCCGCCAUAUUGACACUGCUUAUUCAUACCAAGUAGAAGAAGAAGUAGGACUGGCCAUUCAAAGUAAGAUUGAAGAUGGCACUCUGAAGAGAGAUGACAUUUUCCUCACCUCAAAGCUUUGGUGCACUUUCCACCAUCCAGACCUCGUCCAACAAAACUUGGAAAGAUCACUAGAAAAACUUAAUUUGGACUAUGUUGACCUUUAUCUUAUUCAUUACCCUGUGCCAAUGAAGCCUGGUGAGGAGCUUUUUCCAACAGAUGAACAUGGAAAUUCAAUAUUUGACAAAGUGGAUCUCUGUGCCACAUGGGAGGCCAUGGAGAAGUGUAAGGAUGCAGGACUGGCCAAGUCCAUUGGAGUGUCUAACUUUAACCGCAGGCAGCUGGAGAUGAUCCUGAAUAAGCCAGGACUCAAGUACAAACCUGUGUGCAACCAAGUUGAAUGUCAUGUUUACCUCAACCAGAACAAACUGCUGGAUUUCUGCAAGUCAAAAGACAUUGUGCUGGUUGCCUAUAGUGCUAUGGGAACUCAACGGCCUAAACGAUGGGUGGACUCAAACGCCCCUGUUCUCUUGAAUGAUCCAGUUCUUUGUGCCAUGGCAAAAAAACAUAAUCGAAGUCCUGCCCAGAUUGCCCUUCGCUACCAUCUGCAACGUGGGAUUGUGACCUUGGCCCAGAGUUACAAAGAAAAGGAGAUAAGAGAGAACAUACAG